UCCGCGCAGCCUCUCGCCUGGACCAAGAAGGGAAGCAAGGCAGGCAAGGCGGGGCAGGCGCAGGUGGAUCCCUCGCCAGGAAGAGGAGGAAGCAGCAACAGCAGCAGCAGCAGCAGAGAGGCCCCCGAGGGAUGCUCCGGGUCCCGGAGGAAGAGGGCUGAGCCAUUCAUGGCCCCAGGAGGGCAGGCUCUGGGGCCAGCUUUCCCUGGCCCGCCUCCCUCCUCCACGCCUUGACCCUCCUCUCUGGGAUCCCUGGACUUUCGGCUCCUCGCUGGAGAGAGCUCCUCCAUCCAUGCCAGGGUUGCACCCAGCCCUGGGCAGCCCCAGCACCACCAGCCCCAGCCCCAGCAGCCCAGCUCCCUCCGACGCCUCGCUGCUCUCCUCCUCCGAUGGGAGGCUGAGGAGGCGCCUCGACUGCCCCGGCGCUUCCCGGGAAGAAGCUGCCGUGAAGCUCUCUGUCUCAUUGCGGGUUCCCCAGACCAUCCCCAUGGACCUGAGGAUUGGACAACGCCUUGCCAAACCCAGCCCAGACACUGCCUUGCUGGCUUUGAAGCAGACACAGUUACAACACCAGUUCUUAAUGGCAAGCUUGCACCAGCAGCAGGUGGAACAGCUCACCCAUCCGCACUUGCGGGUGCCGAUGGAGCCGCCACCCCAAGAUCCCGUCCCUGGGAAGCAGGAGCAGGAGCUGCGACUGCUCUUGCAUAAAGACAAAAGCAAACGUAGUGCUGUAGCAAGUAUGGUUGUGAAGCAGAAGUUGGCUGAGGUUAUCCUCAAAAAACAGCAGGCUGCUCUGGAAAGGACCAAUGCCCCUGUAAUGCCAUACAGGUCUUUGGAGCCAAUGGAACGUGAAAGCCCAGCCAACCCUGUGCUUCCCAGUUUCUUCCCUCCUGUCUCCAACAGUUCCAGGGACUCUCCAGAGCACUUCCCACUAAGAAAAACAGCAUCCGAGCCUAACCUGAAGCUACGCUAUAAGGCUAAGAAGGCUGGCGAGAGACGCAAGAACCCACUGACCCGCAAGGAAAGUGCACCCCCUUCCUUGAAGAGGCGUCCACCAGAAGCCAUUGAUUCAUCUCCCAGCAGCAGCAGCACCCCUGUGUCUGGCUGCAGUUCACCCAAUGACAGCCUGGUGCCAGAACAUGGAGCCCUGCCACCAGCACCAGGGCUGACACAAGAGACACCACUAGCUCAGCGUCUGAGGAUGCAGGAGAGCUCAUUGGCCCAGUUUGCUCUUCAGCCCACCGGCUCCCUCCCAGCACUUACCCUUGGACUACCAGCCUCUUCAGCAGCACCUGCCCGGGGGGAUGGAGAUCACAGGACACUCCCAGGCCUUGCCCACAAGGUGCCUGUCCUCACCAGCACCCACACACCCCUGUUUCUGCCCACCAGCUUGGAGCAACAUGAGCCUGGAAGCCCCUUAUCCACUCGGCUUCAGCCUGUGAUCAUUCUGGAGCCCUCACUUGCCCAUCCUCCUCUUGUGACAGUUCCAGGUCUGGGAACGGUUCCCUUUCACUUCAGCCAUUCGGUGCUUCCCCCAGAGCGGCUCUCAGUGCCGAUCCACAAGCCCUUGGGACGGACACGUUCAGAGCCCCUGCCACCCAGCUCCAGAGCCGUACAACAACAGCUGGCCUACCAGCAACAUCACACCCUUUUCCUUGAGCGGCUGAAGCAGCAGACACUGCUGGGCAAGCGCAUGUCCAAGAGUGAGAAGCCACGACUGCAGCAGAUCCCCUCUUCUGAAGAUAUGGAGGCGGAGGCAGGAGGAGAUCUGAGUGACCUGCCUCAGAGCCAGGUGGAGCCUUCGUCAGCAGGAAGCGGCAGUAAGGAGGCAGAAAGGAGUGCCAGACUGGGCCAGCCUCAAGAGGAACAUGUCCUUCAGCAGGCCCAGUACGCCUGGGAGCAGCAGCAACGUAUCCAGCAGCACCAGCUUCUCCGGAGACAGCCUCCUGCCGACUCACUCCUGAUCCCUGCUACCCGUGGAGGCCACCGGCCACUCUCCAGAGCUCAUUCAUCACCCGCCCCAGCCACUGCCUCCCUGCCCAGCCAGGAUACAUCUUCCAAAUCCCUGCCAACCCCUGUACAGGAGCAGUCUACCAAACCACGGUUCACCACAGGAAUUGUGUAUGACUCUGUCAUGCUGAAGCAUCAGUGCUCAUGCGGAGACAACAGCAACCACCCUGAGCAUGCCGGUCGCAUUCAGAGCAUCUGGUCUCGCCUGCAGGAACGAGGUCUACGCAACCAAUGUGAGUGUCUCCGGGGGCGCAAGGCCACUUUGGAAGAGCUGCAGUCUGUUCACACUGAGCGUCAUGUGCUGUUGUAUGGCACCAACCCCCUCAGCCGCCUGAAACUGGACAAUGGGAAAUUGGCAGGAAUCCUGUCCCAGCGGAUGUUUGUCAUGCUGCCCUGUGGUGGAGUUGGGGUGGACAGUGAUACCAUUUGGAAUGAGCUGCAUUCCAGCAAUGCGGCACGCUGGGCUGCUGGUAGCGUCACCGAACUGGCCUUCAAGGUGGCCAAUAGGCAACUGAAGAAUGGCUUUGCAGUUGUACGGCCGCCGGGACACCAUGCGGAUCCCUCAACAGCUAUGGGCUUCUGUUUCUUCAACUCUGUGGCAAUUGCAGCCAGACAGCUCCAACAGAAAGGGAAAAUCAGCAAGAUCCUUAUUGUAGACUGGGAUGUUCACCAUGGCAACGGAACACAGCAAGUGUUCUACCGAGACCCAAACGUUCUCUAUAUUUCUCUACAUCGGCAUGACAAUGGCAACUUCUUCCCUGGAAGUGGAGCAGCUGAUGAAGUGGGCUCUUGUGCUGGUGAGGGCUUCACCGUCAAUGUCGCUUGGACAGGUGGCCUUGACCCACCCAUGGGGGAUCCAGAAUACUUGGCUGCUUUCCGGACAGUUGUGAUGCCAAUUGCCCGUGAGUUCUGCCCAGAUGUGGUGCUGGUGUCUGCCGGCUUUGAUGCAGCCGAGGGCCAUCCUCCCCCACUGGGAGGCUACAAAGUUUCAGCCAAAUGUUUUGGCUACAUGACCCGGCAGCUGAUGAACUUGGCUGGAGGGGCCCUUGUUCUUGCUCUGGAAGGAGGCCAUGAUCUGACAGCCAUCUGUGAUGCUUCUGAAGCCUGUGUCUCUGCCCUGCUGGGUAAUGAGCUGGAACCUCUCCCAGAGGAGACCCUGCAGCAGAAACCCAACACCAAUGCAGUGUGCUCAUUGGAGGCUGUGAUCCGGGUGCAAAGCCAAUACUGGAGCUCGGUGCGACGUUUUACCCCCACUGUGGGCUAUUCAUUUCUGGAAGCCCAGCGCCAUGACACAGAAGAAGUGGAGACUGUGACAGCACUGGCCUCACUUUCUGUGAUGACAGAAAAAAGGCAGCAAGAUGAGCCUAUGGAAGAAGAGCCCAUGAACCAAUGAAGGCCUGUUACAUUCUCCCAAUGGGAAUGGAGUUUCCUUGGUGGCUCAUUCCACAUAACACAGUCCUGGCUUACUGCCUGCUGCAUAGCCCAUGUUAUUCUGAGCCACAAGGCUGGAAAACUGACUCAACUGUUGCAAUACUGGCUCUCUAGAAGAGGCAUAUGGCAGAUCACCCAGGAUUAGUAGGUGCCCCUUAGGGGCUGCCACAUGUGAACUCCACAAUCCAAGCAAUAGUCCCCAGACCCAUGGUGCUCCUGUUGUUGGGAAACUAGCUUGGGAUGAAACUCUGAGCACCGACAGUGCCUGGUGGGACACAGGAGACUGGAUAUGGACUGCGGAACUGGAGAGUUUACUCCGACGUUGGGGUGGUGCCUUUCCCUCCAGAACCAAAGAUGGCCCACAGACAGAUCCUGCUGGGGCAGAGCCAGGGUGUUAUUAUCCUUAUUCUCUCUCUUUUUUUUCUGAGCAAGACUUCUUCCCAUCUUGAAAGGAGCUGGACCUUUGCAAGAGGAAAAACUUUCAGAAACAACCAUUGGAUUUCCAACAGUUGGAGCAUCCUUGAGCAGUGACCCAGCCCAGCUCUCGCUUCAACCACUGCCCCAAACUUUCCCCUUUUGUUCUAGGACCUCCCUAAUUUGCACUAUAUACAGAUUCUUACAGACACAGACUUUUGUCCAGUUUCUCAUAGAACUUUGCAGGAACAAACUGCAUCUCCUUGUGGACUCAGGCCCUCAUUCCUCCAGCAUCAAGGCACCAUGUAAAUAGACAACUCUACAGUGCUUGUGGCUGGUUGGUGUGCCCCUGUUUUAUGAACACAAAACAGUUCUUAUUCCAAGGAACAAGCUUUGGAAGAUGGAGUAGGGAAGGGAGAAAGUGAGCAAGGCAAUGUGUCUUCUGUUAUCCCAACCAAUAUGCAGAAUUCCAUUUCCUGUCAAUCUUAGUUGUUUGGGUGCUCUUUUGUCCCCCCCCCAUUUGUAAAAAACAAACAAAAACAACUCCACACAAGUCUCUAAUCGUUAUGAUAUGUUUGAAAACAAGCAGGCAUUGCAUCUGUAAAUGCACUGUUAUUGUGGUAAGUGGAUCUCCAUAUCUGUCACAUCUUUACAGCUUUUAUAGAAAAGCACCCAAUUCUUAUUUGUCUGAGCUGCCACUAUGUUAAAAAAGUCCUACAAGGAAAGGCCAUGCGGUGUUUAAGAAAAUUACCAAAGGAAAUCAGUCAGAUGAACAUACAUUCCUGUUCCACACACUUCUGUUUCUCUUUGUGUAGAUGAACUGGACUGCUGCAAACCAUUGUAGCUUCCCAGUGCCACAAUUGACAAGAGUCCCACAACAAUGAUCCACAUGUAGACUGAAAUAUUUGUCCUGUGUUAAAUUAUUUAGCACAGGGGAGAUCUAUCAUGUCUCUCAGUCUCACUGCCAGUGGCCAAAUUGAACCAGGGAGGGCAGGGAGAAGGGUGAGAAGGGUGGAAAGGUGUAUGCUGGAAGAUGCAGUAUGCAGAGUAUGUAUAUAAACUUCUGGAUCUAAACCAGCCAGUAAAUUGAGCCUUUGCUGCA